GAACCAGUUAGAGGUCUGAACCAUUAAGAGCUAGUAUAUUGCUUAACUAUUCAGAGGCAAAUGUCUGAUCAAUUCAGAUAAGAGGUCUUAACCAUUCAGACUCUGUAUAAUACUUAACCAUUCAGAGGCAAAUCUCUUAACCAUUCAGACAUCUGAACCAUUAAGAGGCUGAAACAAAUAAUCUGAAUCAUUAAGUGCUGAACCAUUCAGACAUUUGAACCAUUAAGAGGCUGAAACAAACAGCCCCUAAGUUGAGUAAUUUAAUUCCCAUCCACAAAUUUUGAAAUAAAUGGAGCAUUUGGAACACGCGAAAGUGAUCCGGCUCAAGGAAUACAAGACCGGGAAAUUUCUCGUGGCGAACGGGGACGGGAAAACGCUGCGGCGGAGCAGCGACGGGUCGUCGGGGAACGCCCUGUGGACGGUGGAGAUGGUGGCGGAAGGGGCGCAGCGUUACAUGCGCCUGAAAAGCUGCCACGGCAAAUACCUGACGGCGUCAAACAUGCCGUUAGUCCCCAGAGGGAGGUGCCAGAAAGUGGUGCAGAGUCUGCCGGAGAAAUUGAACUCGGCGACGGAAUGGGAGAUGGAAGGGGAAGGGGUCAUACGGCUGAAAACUCGGUACGGCCAAUUCUUGAAGCAGUACGGCGGCGUUAUGCCGUGGAGGCAUUCCCUCGUCCACAACGACCAUGCCAAGAGAUCCGCCUUGUGGGAAAUCCAAAUCGUUGAUGGGGACGAGGCGGCGGCCUCCGCCGCCGGUGAUUUGGUCCACCGCCACCGCCGCGCCGUGUCUGAUUCCACCUUCUCCACGCGGAAGGCCUUUUCCGCCGUUAAAUUCCCAAAUUUAGGCGGCAUUAAAGAAAAGUAAUUCGGGUUUAAUUGACAUUUCAACCAUGCACUCGCAUAAUAUCCUGUUCCAUGAACUAUUCCGAAUCGGUUCCAAAUUCCAAUUCAAAUUUUCUUUUUUCUAUGUUUGAUUAAAUUUAUUUUCAUUAC